UUUUUUUAGGAUAUGCCAAAUCGAGAAGUCAUUUCUGCUACAAAGGCUUCAAAACAUUUUGUGGACAAGGAGCCAGCAGAACUAAAGAAACCCAAUAUUGACCCAACUAGAAGAUACCUUUACAUGCAGAUUUUAGGAGGAAAGGCUUUUCUGGAGCACAUGCAGGAAUCUGAGCUUUUACCGGGACAGGUGUGCUCCACCUUUACCUUGUACCUGCACUUCCGGAACCAGCGCUUCCGCUCCAAACCUGUCCCAUGUGCCUGUGAGCCAGAUCUGCAGGAAGGAUUCCUCCUGGAAGUCCAAAGGGACCAUCUUGGUGAUGGCAAUAAGAUGGUGGAUGCAAUAACAAUGCUGUCAAUAAGGGAUCCAGUUCACAUGGUUCUUAUCAAAACUGACACCUCCAAUGAAAGAACAUUGGUUGCUUCCUGCUUUCUGGACUGGCAGUCAGUUCUGAGCUCACCAAAUGGGAGAACUAGUUCAGCUGUGGAGCUUUUGGGAGUAGGCAGUGAGGCAAAAGUUCUAGUUGGAAUCCUAAACCUAAAGCUGGAACUCCUUCCACAGCUGAACCAGACACUCACCCAGGAAGUAGUCAAUGCACAGCAAACUUUAGAGCGACAGAGAACUGCUGAGAAAGAGAGGCUGUUCCUUGUUUAUGCUAAGCAGUGGUGGAGGGAGUUCCUACAGAUCAGACCUUCACACAUCACAAAACUGGUCAAGAUUUUUGCUCAGGAUGAGAAUGGUGUGAAUCGACCUGUCUGCUCCUACAUCCGACCACUACGAGCAGGACGUCUGCUAGACACUCCACGACAAGCUGCCCGCUUUGUUAGCCUGUUAGGCUAUGAGAAAGCGCCUGUUGUAGGAGGUGGGGGGAAGCAGGAGCAGUGGUGCACCCUACUAAGUUUCCUUUGUCAGAAUAAGGGUGACUGUGAGGAUCACGCUAACCUCCUGUGCAGUCUCUUGCUUGGCUUUGGACUGAAUGCCUAUGUGUGUGUGGGGACCACAGCAAAAUCUGUGCCUCAUACCUGGGUAAUGGCAUGUGGGACAGAUGGGACCAUUACGUUCUGGAACAGCUUAACAGGGGACAGCUGCUCGGACGAGCCUGUGAGGAAGUCAUGGCCCGUCCCCAACGACAUAAAGGGACUGUGCGCACAGAUCUCAUCUCCAUUUUUCCUAUCAAGUACUGACCUGACAGGAGAAGCCUAUCGGAUAAGUACUUGUUGCUUAUGACUAUAUAAUUUUCACUAAUUUUUGUGUUUUACAUAAUUUAUGCAAUCAUUUAUUUAUGCUGUAAUAGUUUUUAAAAAAAUUAAUUACGCAUAUAUUGUGAACUACAGCCUGUUGCGUACCACUGAGGCCUUGUACCCCACAGUCGCCCCUUCCCAGGGAUCAAGCAACCUAAGUUGGCUGAUUUUGUGCUCUCUCCCCAGGCUGCAAUAGUUCUGGCUGGAGUUAUUUUAUUCUUGUUUUGGCUUCGGACAAAAUUACGAGAUGGUUUGUAUAAUGAAUUGUUAUUACUGUAUUUUGUAUGAAAUAAAUAUUUUCUUUCUCAUUGUAUUUUUCUGUAAUUUCAGAGACUAAGUGCAGGCUUGUCUGCAAUGCGUACUGUGGCACACGUGUAGUGAGAGAAGCUGCUGGGUUCAACAACUCUACACAGGACCAAGAGGCUGCUUCG